AUGAUUAAUAUUAAUGUAGGUGUUUUAGGUCAUGUGGAUUCUGGAAAAACUAGCCUCUGUAAAUGUUUGAGCGAGAUUUUAAGUACAUGCGCCCUAGAUAAACAUAAAGAAAGCAAAGAAAGAGGAAUAACUAUCGACCUUGGUUUUUCUUCUUUCUAUAUAAAGAAAAAAAUAAAAUAUAAUUAUAAUGUAAAUCAUAAAAAGGAAAUCGAAACAAAUUUACAAAAUUAUCAAGAGAAUGAUAAAAAUGAUCUUUUAUUUUAUAAAAGAGAAGAAAAAUAUGAAUCACAUAAUAUAGAAUAUGAUAAUAUGAUAAAUAUUGAUUCUAAUGAAGAAUAUAAAAAUAGUGAGAAUACCAAUUUGAAUUAUGAUACUAAUAAUAUAUAUUUUUAUGAUGAAGAAAUAAUUCAAAUAUGUUUAGUUGAUUGUCCAGGACAUUAUUCUCUUUUAAAAACUAUUAUUAUGGGAUCGGAAAUUACAGAUAUUAUCUUAUUAGUCAUAGAUAUAAAUAAAGGCAUACAAAAACAAACUAUAGAAUGUCUAGUAUUAUGUAAAAUAAUCAAUAGCGAUAUUAUUAUUGUCUUAAAUAAAAUUGAUCUUAUACCUCUACAUCUAAGAGAAAAAAAAAUUAAUUCAAUGAAGAAAAAAAUACAACAAGCAUUUUAUAAAUUUAAGUCCCUACAAAAGUUGAAGUACCACAUUGUUAGCAUAUCGGCAUAUGUAAAAGGAAAAGAUAAUAAAGGGGAUCAAGAAAAAAAAUUAAGUGAUGAUAAUAUGGAGGGUAAAAAUAAAACAUUAAGUGAUGAUAAUAUGGAGGGUAAAAAUAAAACAUUAAGUGAUGAUAAUAUGGAGGGUAAAAAUAAAACAUUAAGUGAUGAUAAUAUGGAGGGUAAAAAUAAAACAUUAAGUGAUGAUAAUAUGGAGGAUCAAAAACAAACAUUAAGUGAUGAUAAUAUGAAAGAAAAUGUUAACACAUUAAAUAAAGAACACAUUGUUUCAUACAAUAAAUCAUCGUCAGAUAUAUCUUCUACCAAUAAAACCAUAAAUAUUAAAGAAAUAAUAAAUGUUCUUAGUGAUGUUAUAAAAAUACCAGAAAGAGAAAUUUCAACAUAUGAAGAUUUUUAUUUUUUAUAUGAUCAUUCUUUUAAUAUUAAAGGGAAAGGAACAAUCUUUACAGGCACUGUAAUCAAAGGGAAGAUAAAAAUAAAUUGUAAUGUUAACAUAUUAUCAUUAAAUGAAAUCGGAAAGGUUAAAGAAAUACAAAGUUUUAAAAAAAAAGUACAUGAGGGGAAAAAAGGAAGCCGAUUAUCUCUUUUAAUAUUAAACAAUAGUAUAAAAAAUUUAAAAAAAAAUGAAAGAGGUGUUAUAGUAUAUGAAACGUCAAAUAUAUCAUAUUUUUCAAUGUUUAUAUGUAAAGUCAAACAAGUCGAGUUUUAUAAAAAAAACAUAAAUAAUUCAGAACAUCUUAUUUGUAUUAUUGGAUUUUCUUCAACAGAGUGUUAUGGAUAUUUUUUUAAAAAAUUAAAAAAUAAAAAUCAAACAAAUGUAUCUAAAAAGAUAAAUUAUGAAAAAAAUUCACAACAGGAUAAUGUGUUCCCAUCCAUAUCAGGAGGAGCAUUAAAUAGUGAUGAUAAGUUUGAUAAGAAAGGAAAUUAUUUACUUAUAGAUAGGCUUUCUUAUGAUGAUGAUAAUAAUAAGAGUGACCAUUGUGAUGAUGAUGAUAAUAAUAAAAGUGAUCACUGUGAUGAUAUUUAUUUUCUUGUUAUUAUGAAAAAAAGAAUUCAUUGCUUCGAAAAAGAAAAAUGCAUAUUCUUAAAAAAUGACGAACAAAUAAAUUGUAGAAUAUGUUUAUAUGGAGAAAUUAUCGAAAUUAUUGAUAAGAAUUGUUUAUAUAAAAAAGAUGAUUCUUUUGUUUUUAAUAAACAACCAAACAUUUAUAAAUAUGAAGAAUAUAAAGAUUUUAAAAUACUUAAAGAAAAAAAUAAAAAAGGAUAUAUCGAUAAAAUUGUAGAUGAACAUACUAUUAUAUGUAAAAAUUUAUUUCAAUCAUCCAAUCAGGUUAAUCCAUAUAUAGAUAAAAAAAUUUAUAUUAUUAAAUCUACAAAUGAUUCAAAAAAUGUAAAUGCAAAAAAUAUAAAUACAACAAAUGAAUAUACUUCUAAUAUAUUACACACCGGUACUAUCAUAAAACCCUUUGCCAAACAAGGAAAAGUUAUAGUUUCUUUUGAUGAUGAUAUUUCUUAUCUUAAGAAUGAUUUCAAGUCUUAUAUAUUUCUUUUGUUAUAUUAUAAAGAUGUAUUUUCUAAAAAGAACGUAUUUCUAUAA